GUGCCAGUCGUGGCUUUUAUUGAAACCUAAAAAGUGUUUAUACUGUAAGUAUUGUGCUUAUUAACGUGCAUCUUAGUUGUAGUUUUCAUUAACACAUUUGGAGUCGUGUAAAUCGCCAUGUAAAAUUGCUAAUGCUGAUCUGGUAGCGUGUGGGGCGGUAUAGCUCGGUCGGUAGAGUGGCCGUGCCAGCAACUUGAGGGUUCCAGGUUCGAUCCCCCGCUUCUGCCAUCCUAGUCACUGCCGUUGUGUCCUUGGGCAAGACACUUUACCCACCUGCUCCCAGUGCCACACACACUGGUUUGAAUGUAACUUAGUUAUUGGCUUUCACUAUGUAAAGGCGCUUUGAGUCACUAGAGAAAAGCGCUAUAUAAAUAUAAUUCCCUUCACUAGAUGUAAAUCCAAUGUCAAUUAGCAUCAAUCUUGCACAUUUUGAAAAGUGGGGCCUUACUUUUGAAACAUCGUGGCUUUGUUGGCAUAGAAAACAACACCAUUACGAAUAGUCCACUACGAAUGUGCCUGUUUACCCGCCAAGUGUUUGAGCCGGCCGGACGUCAUGUCACAUGCAACAGAGUUAAUGAAAUAUGGCACUGUUUGAUUUUACUGUACUUAUGAAAGUACCACAUUUGGUACUAAUGUUGAGUGCAUAUUUCAUGAGCAAGUUUACUAUGGCGCCCUCUAGUGUUCAUAGGCUGCUAGUCCGAAUAAAUCCAAUACAGUUCAUAGUGGAGAUGGUUAGAACUGGUGCAACUUUGUUCAUAUGCAUAAUAUAUGUGAAUACAUUCAUGAACAAUAAACUUUACUUCUCGCUAAUGUCAGUGGUCCAGAAAAUGGAGGACGUCACAGAGGGGAUGCAGAAUUACGGCGGCAAAAUCAGCGCAGUGGAGACCGACUUGAAGAAACUUGAUUAUCAGACGGGGGAGAAGUCUGUGAACGCCAGCAGCGAAAUCAAGACGUUUAAGUCGGACCUGGAGACGCUGCACGGCCGGCUGAACGACAUUGCCGUCAGGACCAGCAAGAACCGGGACAUCCUAAGCGAACUGCAGGUGGCUGGAGACGACACGCAGGGCGUCCACUUUUCCCUGCAGGGUUUACUGACUGGCAACGCCGCCUCACUCCGCGGGGUCAACCAGACCUUGGCCUCCUACGUCAGCAUGCUUGGAGACCUCCAGACGGACACGGCGAGGCUCCAGUCUGAGAUCCAGGGCCAGGUGAAGGAGCAGAGCCAGGCCCUGGUGGGUAUCAGUGCUCUCAACAUCAGCCAGGUCCAGCAGCGCAAUCUGCUCAGCUCGCUGCAGAAGACGGUCGAAGACACGGGGCAGGCGGUGCAAAAACUCCAGAUGGGCUAUCAGACUUUGCAGCAAACCGCCAGACAAACUCGCACUGACAUUGACUGGCUGUCAGAGAAAGUCCAGAACCUCCAGGUCUUGGCGGCAAACAACUCCGCAUCGGCACGGUCCAACGACGAAGCCCUGGAAGAUUUAGGGUCGCAGCUGAGCACGCUGGCGAACCAAAUCCAGAACGCCUCCAUUCUCACUGAGGGCCACGAUCAGAGUCUACGAGAACUCAUGGACCACCAGCGGGACCACGACAAUGCCACCUCGUCCAAGUUUGACGUGAUGGAAACCCGCCUGGACAAGCACGAAAGCCGCAUGGACCGCGUGACCGGCAAUGUCAGCUUCGCCACACAGCUUCUCGGCACCAUCAGCUCGGACCUCAAUAGUCUAAGGUCAUGCGCUGAGACGGUCAUGCGCCACUCGGACCUCCUGGUGGAUCUGAGCAACAGCGUAAGGGAGGCUAAUAUUGAGAGCAGAGACCUGCGGUCCGAGCAGGAUAAGCUGGUGGCCAGGCUGGACAGCGAGGUCAACGACCUCGCUGCGGUGAUGGAGGAGAUGAAGCUGGUCGACAGCAAACACUCGCAACUCAUCACCAACUUCACCAUCCUCAAAGGGCCACCUGGUCCACGGGGCUACAAGGGGGACAAGGGACCCCAGGGCCAAGUUGGCUCCCCAGGUCAGAAGGGUGAUAAAGGAGACAAAGGGAUGCCAGGACUGGUGGGAACUAAAGGUGAAAGAGGUCCUCUCGGGCCACAAGGUGUGACAGGUCCAAAAGGCGGGCUUGGCCCACGAGGUCUCCCUGGGUCCAAAGGAGCGAGAGGGCCUGGGGGUCGACCCGGGACCCCUGGAGACAAAGGCGACCCUGGAGUUCAAGGGCUCCCAGGCAGAAAUGGAUUUCCAGGUGAACUAGGACCACAAGGACCACAAGGCCCCAGGGGAGAUGCUGGGCCCGCAGGCUUAGAGGGCCCACGUGGGUCUGUUGGACCUAUUGGUCCUCCUGGACUUCCUGGGUUACCUGCGGCAGUCCUUCCGCCUACAGUGGCUGCUAAAGCAACUCCUCAACCACAGGCAUCGAAGCAGCCUCCGACUUCAACUCCCGGUUGUCCGCCAGAGUUCAGGAGGUUUGCAGACAGCUGCUAUUUUUUCUCCUCGGCCUCUCAGAAGCUCAACUACGACGAAGCCAGCAUGUUUUGUUCUACUCGGGAGUCUCACUUGCUCAUUGUUAACAACGAUGAGGAGCAGGUGUUUGUGAAAAACGCUGUGACGGGAAAAGGUUCGUUCUGGCUGGGCCUCACCGACCGCGAGGAGGAGAACGUGUGGAAGUGGGUGGACGGAAGCACGCCCGUUUACACAAAAUGGAACCCGGGUCAGCCCGACAACUGGACACGUGGUCAUGCUCGCGGCGAGGACUGCGGGGGCAUCAAAAAUAACGGCAACUGGAACGAUUACUACUGCACUGAGCGCAUCGGCUUCAUCUGUGAACGCGCCGCCAGCUGUCAAUGUUCGCCGUCUCCAAUUGUGUGGCUAAAAUGCAUUUUAACCGCAUUAAAUAAUAAGUACGGGCCGAUAAAGAUAACAAAAACAAACGUUGACAUAUUCCGUGCCGUGCUGUGCGCUCCAGCGAUGCCUCUCUUCACGACGAACCCAUUUGACCAAGAUGUUGAGAAAGCAACCAGUGAGAUGAACACAGCCGAGGAUUGGGGCCUCAUCUUGGACCUAUGCGAUAAGAUAGGACAGCAGCGCACUGGGCCGAAAGAAUGCCUGCGCUCCAUCAUGAGAAGAGUGAAUCACAAGGACCCCCAUGUAGCCAUGCAGGCGCUCACGCUUCUGGGUGCAUGCGUCUCCAACUGUGGCAAGAUCUUCCACCUGGAGGUGUGCUCCAGAGAGUUUGCCAGUGAAGUCAGUAACGUCCUAAACAAGGGCCACCCUAAAGUGUGUGAGAAGCUGAAGGCACUGAUGGUGGAGUGGGCAGAGGACUUCCGCAGUGACCCCCAACUCAGUUUGAUCUCGGCUAUGAUCAAAAAUCUACGAGAGCAAGGAGUUACCUUCCCUGCUGUGGGCUCGCAGGCUGCAGAACAAGCUAAAGCCAGUCCUGCAUUAGUGGCAAAGGAUCCUGCAAAUUCCUCAAACAAGAAAGAAGAAGAAGACUUGGCCAAAGCUAUUGAGCUGUCCUUGAAGGAGCAGAGACCUCAGACGUCCUUGUCCAGCCUCUACCCCAACACCUCUACCCUGCUGCCCUCACACAAGUCUGACGGCAGGAAGGUCCGCGCCAUUUACGACUUUGAGGCCGCAGAGGACAACGAGCUCACCUUCAAGUCGGGGGAGAUCAUCACUAUCCUAGAUGACAGUGACCCCAACUGGUGGAAGGGGGAGACGUAUCAAGGGGUGGGGCUGUUCCCCUCCAACUUUGUCACUGCUGAUCUCACCGCGGAGCCUGAGAUGAUGAAGACGGAGAAGAAGACGGUGCAGUUUAGCGAAGACGUUCAAGUGGAGACCAUCGAGCCUGAACACGAGCCCGUUUUUAUUGAAGAGGACAAGAUGGAUCAACUCUUGCAAAUGAUCCAGAGUGCAGACCCCACAGACAACCAAUCAGACAGUGUUGAGUUGCUGCAGCUGGAAGGUGCCUGCAAUCAAAUGGGACCGCUCAUCGACCAGAAACUGGAGGACAUUGACAGGAAGCACUCUGAGCUGUCUGACCUCAACGUGAAGGUGAUGGAGGCGCUGUCGAUGUACGCCAAGCUGAUGAAUGAAGAUCCCGUAUACGCAAUGUACGCUAAGCUGCAGAGUCAGCAGUAUUACAUGCAGCAGCAACAGCCACCUGUCUCAACGCAGCAGGUGUAUCCUGGUGCGGCAUCGGGCUCGUACGCCUUGAGUGGCGGCAGCGUUCAAGGCUACAAUGUGGAUCAGAUGCAAGCUGGAACGCCGAUACCUGGACAAGCUGCCCCCAGCGACGUUCACAUGUACAUGGGUCAGCCGCCCGUCUACGCUGGCCCCGCCCCCGGCAGCAUGACCCCUGCAGACGCCCACGCCUACCAGGGUGGCCCGGCCGGCCCCCUGCCCGCCAUGACGCAGGCUCCCGGCUACAGCGCCCCCUCUGGCCACAACGUGAUGACAUCUGCAGAGCUGCCAGCGCAGGUUUCUUACUCCGAGAAGGCGUUGCUAUAGUGACAGCAAACGCCAGAGCAGUGCGACGUCUUAUAUGUCUUUAUUCCCUCUAACAUGAAAGGAACAAAAGUGAAGGUGAUCUUUGCUUAGUUGCACUUCUGUUGUGUUGUUGAUCAACAUGUAAGUAGAAACAAGCUCUGUGUUCAUGCCCAGCUCUCAUCUUCACUACUGUGCUAAACUACCACACACUCACCUUUCUCGACAACUUUUACUCCAAGUACUGAAAACUGACGACACUUUCUGUUGUUUCGGGAGGCAAAGCAUGCACAUGGCUCUUGUAUAUUUUAUUGAACUCAAGGCCGGCUGAUGACCUCACGUUAGUACAGUGUUUAGCGGCGGUCGCCAUGGCAACUGGAGCCAACGCAGAACAAGUGGAAAAGGAAACCUGUAAAGCAUCUCCUGUUUUUGUAGAGUCAUUUUAAUUUAUGUAUUAUAAUUUUGACGCUGUUUUGUAAACAUGGACAAGAUGUAAGUAUUCUCACAGGGAAGUUGUACAUUUUAAAGGCGCUCGUCGUGCAUUUCAAAGUUGCCUCGCACUAAAACACGUUCAUUACUUCCGACAAACACUACUUCCUGUCGUUAGUGUUCAAUUGAGGGAGCAUUUUAAUCUGAUUUGAAGUCAGUUUAAUUUCACUCCUCAAAAGAUGAUUUUAUACCCCGUUUUAAUUUCAAAUGAAGUUCACUUUCGGUCUCUUGCAGCGUUGGACUGUAGGCCCAAGUGAAGGUGCAGCAUAGAUUAUUAUUAUUAUUAUUAGUAUUGUUGUUAUUAUUAUUGAAAGUUUUCAUGUCAAAUGUGUAUCCUGCUCUCUUUUAAUCGUACUCAUCAGUUGAUAUUCACAAUAAAAGAAACCAGGGCAAAUGUACACAACAA